AUGCUCCAAUACGCGACGGCAGCCGAGGCGGAGGCGGCGCUGGGGCGCGCCAUGACGUGGUCCGAGGCCGCCUGGUUCCGCUACUCCGCGACCACGCCGGACUUCUGCCUCUACUGCCACAGCGUCGUCUUCGUCCUCCUCGUGUACACGCUGGCGCCGCUGCCCCUGGUGCUGCUGGAGCUCCGUGCGCCAGCGAAACUGACGGCGCCGUACAAGCUGCAGCCCCGGGUGCGGCUGUCCCCGGCCGCCUUCCUUCGCUGCUUCAAGAACACCCUGAGCACCAUCGUCCUCUCCACCGCGCCGCUCCCGUUCAUCUCUUACCCCGUCUUCAGGGUGAUGGUGGGGAUCCGGACGGGCCUGCCGCUGCCGUCGCCAGGGGAGACGGCGGCGCAGCUGCUGGUGUACCUGCUGGUGGAGGACUACCUGGGAUACUGGAUCCACCGCCUGCUGCACACCGAGUGGUGCUACGACAGGAUCCACCGCGUGCACCACGAGUUCGAGGCGCCCAUGGGCUAUGCUGCACCGUACGCGCACUGGGCGGAGGUCUUCGUCCUAGGCUCCGCCUCCUUCGCCGGCCUGGCCAUAGUGCCCUGCCACAUGGUCACCUUCUGGCUCUGGUUCAUCGUCCGCCCCAUGGAGGCCAUCGACGUACACAGCGGGUUCGACCUCCCAUUCAGCCCAACCAAGUUUAUCCCAUUUUAUGGAGGAGCGGAAUUCCAUGACUAUCAUCACUAUGUUGGGAAGCGGAGCAAGAGCAACUUCGCUUCGGUAUUCACGUUUUGUGACUACAUAUAUGGGACGCAUAAGGGAUACAGAUAUCAUAAGGCAGCAAGGAUGGCCAAGCUGCAGGAGAUGGCACAAAACAAUGUUGUUGGCAAGGGAUGA